AAAAAAGGGGACUCCCCGAAUUCAAUGUAAUGUGUUUAUGAAGCGCAUGCUUAGGUUUUUUGUUCAGUGAAUUGCGUUUAGUGAUUGCGUAAACAUUUAUGUACAUAAUGCGUAAGAUGGCGAGGUCAAACCUGAGCUUAAAAGAAAAAAUUGAAUUAAUCAACGUUAGUGAGGAAAACAAUUUGUCUGUCCGCGCAUUGGCCGAAAGCUUCAAAAUUGGAAAAACGCAGGCUGCGCUGGUUAUUAAAAAUAAAGAAGAAAUUCGAACAAAAUGGAUGUCUGGGAGCAAUGUCGAAUCAAAAAGGUCAUUCAUGAAAAUCGAUGGAAAAAAAGUUGAUGAAAUGUGUUUAGAGUGGUUCAAUAAGGCACGAAGCCAAAACAUUCCAAUAUCUGGACCAAUAAUCCAAGAAAAGGCAAGAGAAAUUGCCCGAAAGCUGGGGAUUAAUGUUUUUGUGGUUUCUAACGGUUGGCUACAAAAAUGGCGGGGCCGUCAUAAUAUAACAUUCAAAUACAUUUGUGGUGAAAGUGCUGCUGUUGAUAUGCAAGAUGUGCAGCAAUUUUUAGAUAAACUACCAUCAUUUCUGAUUGGUUAUAGCCCUAGGGAUGUCUACAAUGCGGACGAGACAGGCCUUUUUUCAGAGCUUUGCCAAACACAACAUUGGCUCUUAAAAAUGAAGUAUGCCGUGGAG